CGCCGCGCGCCGCUCGGGGCUGAGCCGGGUUCCUCCAGCGCCUUGGCCCGUUCCCUCCUCCCCUGCCUGCUUCCCUGCCUGCCUCCCGCCUGGGCCUGGCACCGGGAGCUCGCCUUUGCCGGGACCCCCAAAGGGAAAAGGAGGCGGACCAAGGCGGAGAAGGGGAGGGGGGUCCCGAUCUCAGCCAUGGCGGGCUGAAAGGCGCAAAGGGGAGAGUUUUCUGCCCGGCCGCAGGCGAGGAAAAGAGUCCUUGCAGUAGCAACAGCAGUAGCAGCAACAGCAGCGCCUUCUUUCUUCUUGGCUUUCCCGCCCCGAUGGAGCCAGGGCUGCCCCCCGGCCAUGCCUAGGGACGCCGGGGACGGGCAGCUGCCCUUGCCCGACGGCUGGGAGGAGGCCCGCGACUACGACGGAAAGGUCUUCUUCAUCGACCACAACACCAAGCAGACCAGCUGGAUCGACCCCCGGGACAGGUUAACAAAGCCAUUAUCCUUUGCAGACUGUGUUGGAGAUGAGCUACCAUGGGGAUGGGAAGAUGCAUAUGAUCCUCAGAUUGGUGUCUACUAUAUCGACCACAUAAACCAGACCACACAAAUAGAAGAUCCAAGAAAACAAUGGAGGCAAGAACAAGAAAAGAUGCUAAAAGAUUACCUUACAGUAGCACAGGAUGCACUGAACACUCAAAAGGAAUUGUACCAUGUGAAAGAACAGAGACUGGCACUUGCAUUGGAUGAAUAUGUACGCUUGAAUGAUGCCUACAAGGAGAAGUCAAGCUCUCGCACAAGCUUGUUCUCAAGCUCUUCUUCCAGCACUAAGUAUGACCCUGAUAUCCUGAAAGCAGAAAUUUCUACUACAAGAUUAAGGGUUAAAAAACUGAAGAGGGAGCUCUCACAGAUGAAGCAAGAAUUACUAUAUAAGGAGCAAGGCUAUGAAACAUUGCAACAAAUUGACCAAAAAAUGUCUGGAGGCCAGAGUGGGUAUGAACUAAGUGAAGCCAAAGCCAUUGUGAAUGAAUUGAAAUCUAUCAGAAAGGCUAUAAGCUCUGGUGAAAAAGAGAAGCAAGAUUUAAUGCAGAGUCUUGUGAAGUUGCGGGAGAGGUUCCUCUUAGACCAAACUAUUUACAGGUCGUCAGAACUAGAUACGAGGUGCAGCCAAGUGCACUCUCAUCUUUCUCUCUCUCGACAAACUUUGGAUGCAGGGUCUCAGACGGACAUUUCUGGUGAGGUUGGUGUCAGGAACAUGUCCAAUUUAGCUGAAAAGGUCAAACUGAGUCUUCAGUAUGAAGAUGCCAAAAGAAGGAUGGCAAACUUGAAGAUUGAGCUGUCUAAGUUAGAUAGUGAAGCUUGGCCUGGAGCACUGGAUAUUGAGAAGGAAAAGUUGAUGCUGAUUAAUGAAAAAGAAGAGUUGCUGAAAGAGCUUCAAUUCGUCACCCCUUGCAAACGUUCUCAAGAUGAAUUGAAGCAUCUGGAAAUGGAAAGGAAGAGACUGGAAGAGGAACUAUCUGUGAAAAGCACACCAAGUGAUGAACUUACAGAAAGGUUAAAGCUGGAAGAAAGAAGAAGCAAAUUAGUUCAAAAACUUCAAGAAACUAGUAAAGAAACAACCAAUUUGCAUUUGCAGCUGAAAAGUCUCUCUGCCAGUACAUUAUCUGUCUCUUCGGGGAGCAGCCUGGGAUCCCUGGCAUCCAGUCAGGGAUCCCUAAACACCUCCAGCCGGGGAUCACUUAACUCCCUUAGCUCUACAGAUCUGUAUUAUAACCAAGGGGAUCAGCCUACAGACUUAGACUAUCAAUAUAAGCUGGACUUCUUAUUACAAGAGAAAUGUGGUUACAUUCCUUCGGGCCCCAUCACCACAAUUCAUGAAAACGAAGUCGUCGGUUCGCAUGGGAGAAUGGAAUACAGUGGUUCUUCUGGCUCUUUGGCUGCAAGCCACGCUCCCAAAUUAACUGAACCUCCAAAAUCGGUGACAUCCCUGUCUUCAAGAUCUUCCCUUUCCUCCUUGUCUCCUCCUGGAUCACCUUUGGCUUUGGAAGGCACGUUCUCGGUGCCUCCUCAAGAUUCCCCAUUGCAUCAUCUCACCACAGACUUCGAGGACUGUGAUUUACCCGGUGACUUUGCCGGCAUUAGCCUCUGUGGCAACCAAAUCUUGGACUCGGAAGCCAGUGUAUCCUCUCAGUCACUGGCGGAUGAUAAAGACCUCAAUGAAAGUCUCAACCAGACCAUGUCACCUCCGAGAAAUACAGGUGUUGACUUGCCAAGAAGAGUGAGUCACCUGCUUGAGGAGAAGGCUGGAGGUGUGUCUGCUGCAGUAUCUGAUGAAUCUGUCGCGGGAGACAGCGGUGUAUACGAAGCUUCUGUAAAACAACCAAAUGAUGGUGAAGAAGUUGCAUAUAGUGAAGAUGAUGCCACAGCCCUAGAGACAGCUCAAGUGCAAAUAGGACUCAGAUAUGAUACAACCAGCUCGAGUUUUGUGAUAAUUGUGGUUCGAUUACAAAAUCUUCACGCCCUUUCUGUGUCACCUGGCUCCAAAGUGUAUUUUAGAGUUGCAGUUCUUCCAUCUUCAGCUGACAUCAGCUGUCUGUUCCGUACGAAGGUCUAUUCUGCUGCUGAAACUAUUUUAUUUAGUGAGAUGUUCAGGGUAGCUAUUUCCCAAGCAUCAUUGCAACAAAAAACUUUGAGAGUGGAUGUCUGCUCCGUCAGUAAAACUCGUCGGGAAGAAUGCCUAGCUGGAACUCAGAUAAGCCUGGCAGACUUGUCACUUUCAAAUGAGACUUCUACUUUGUGGUAUAAUUUGCUUGCUUAUAAGCAAAUUCCUGGCAAAAAGAAGCCAAAGGAAGAUCCUGUGUCUGUACCAAACAGUGAAUCAUCUGACUCCUUGGACUUGGAUGCUGUGUCAGCACUACUAGAAAGGACAUCAGCUGAGCUGCAAGCUGUAGAACAAGAAUUGGCAAAGGAGGAAGAGGAGGAGGAGGAGGAGGAAGAGGAAGAAGAAGAGGAGGAAGAAAAGGAUGCACAAGACCUACACAAUGUUGAGGAAGACUGGCUAGGAAUACAGGCAGUGGCAUCCAGUGCCAUUGUGACAGAGGAGAAGGGCGCUGUUAAAAAUUCAGAGGAAAGUGGAGAUGCCGAUUCCUCUUCUGAAUUGGUGGAGACAGAAGAAAUCAAGGACGAGGAGGACAGCAAUUGUACAUAUAUGGAUCCCGAUGAAGAAGUUGCAGUAUUGCCCACACUGGUUGAUAAGGAGACAAACACAGAUGAGAGGACCGAGAACGUGGCUGUGCGGCCCAAGGACAGAACCAGCCUAAAGUCUCAACAGCAUCCCUUUGUCAGGAACAGCAUGAUCGUGCGCUCACAAACCUUCUCUCCAGGAGAGCGGAACCAGUACAUCUGCAGGUUGAAUCGAAGUGAUAGUGACAGCUCAACAUUGGCCAAAAAGUCUCUCUUUGUGAGAAAUGCCACAGAGCGGCGGAGCUUGAGAGUUAAAAGGCCUGCUUGCCAGCCCAGCAUGCGACGAGCAACUCGGGAGCACCUUGUCCGCACCUCUCUUGACUUGGAGCUGGAUCUCCAGGCUUCUCGGACGCGACAGAGUCGCCUGGAUGAUGAGCUACAGAUGCUUCGCGAUCUUAAGCAGAGGCUCGAGGAGAUGAAAGCCAGAGGGAAGACCGAGCUUCCUCCCUGCGUGUUGGAGGACGAAAGAUUCCAAAAGCUCUUGAAACAAGCUGAAAAACAGGCUGAACAAUCAAAGGAGGAAAAGAAAAGGGGUUUAAGUGCGGAAAAAUUGAUGAGGAAAGCGUCGAAGGAUGUGUGUCGGUUGCGAGAGCAGAGCCAGAAAGUGCCGCUGCAGGUGCAGUCAUUCAGGGAGAAGAUUGCAUACUUCACAAGAGCAAAGAUCAGUAUACCAUCUCUGCCAGCGGAUGAUGUCUAAUUUUGUUUUCUACCACAAGAUGUUUUCUACUUAUUCAUCUGUUCUUUUUUAAAAGAUUACCAUUUUUAUAGUGUAGUUCUAGUUUUAAAAAAAUGUUCCACUUUACAUCGAUUCAUAGGUAUUUUCUGUAAAACUAAACUCCACAAUACAGUGUGCUCAUAUGCACAUUGCACACACACAUGCCUUAAAGACAGGAAAAACCCCUUCUCUCUUCUACCUACUUUAAUCUUUCAUUACCAGAAAACCAAAGUAGUAUAUUUCUGGUAUUCCGAUGCUAAUUUUGUACAGUUUGUAUGUACUACAGAUAUGCUACUAUUUUGUAAAGAUGUAUCUAAGGAACAAAGGCAGUACCUUGUGUGUGUAUAUCCUGUCGAACUGCACUGUGUCGAGAAAUAUUAUGUUCAGCAGGAAGUUCCGUUUCACCUUUUUUUUCACAAGAGCAGACUGUGAAAAUGGCUGUUAGGCCAUGCAAUAUUUUUGUACAAAGUGUGUUGGGUUUUUUUUAAAAGCUAGCUAGCAAUAAACUCAAGUCUUCUUCCAAAACAGCAAGGCUGCCUCAUGCAAACAGGUGCUGUUUAAAUUUCUGUCUCCUAUGUUGGAACUUUGUAGUUGGAACCCAUUUUCAUUUUCUUUCUUUCUUGUUACGAGAGGCAUGGGAUACUAGCUGAAGGAGUAUAACUUUGUGAAUGUAUUGGAUUUAGGCCUCUAUUGAGGUUAAUCAAGUCUCUUUGCAUUUAAACUCUGAAAGAGAAGUAAUGUGGGGCAAGUCUAACCCUGAAAUGUGUGUAAACUAAAACUACCCAAAGGCAGCUGUUUUCUGAAAUUACGCUCAGGUUCACACCCAAAGUACUCAAACCUGAGUCAUCAAAUACUGAAAUGCAAAGCUAGCGUAUUAAUAUAGCAUUGUAUAUUGAGUACCCCAGCUAGAAGCCUGUAGGAGAGUCAGUUUUGUAGAGUCCAAACAGACUCAUGCAGUUUUCAGAGGAAUAGUACUUAGACUGAUGAAUUUCCUAAAAACCAAAUAUCUAUUAUUGUUAAUAUAGAAAUUCCUUCCGAGAAAAUCCCAAGAUUUGGAGCACUUAAAAUGACGUAUGAAUAGGAUAAAGAUUUAAAAGUAGAAUAAAGAAUAAAGUAAAUGAUGUAGGUCUGUUCUUAAAUUAAUUGUGGCACAGUAUCUAUGGGGUUAGAGCAGAUAUGGCCAAACCCAGGCCCAGGGGGCAGAUGCAGCCCUUUAGGCUCUUUUCUCAGGCCCUUCUCUCUCUCUCACCAUCCUUUCCUUCCUUCUCUCUUUCCUUCCUCCUUCCCUCUCUCCCUCUUUCUCCUUUCUUCCUUCUUUCCUUUUUGUCUUUCCUUCCUUCUCUUUCACCCUUUCAUCCAUCCUUCCUUCUCUUUCCUUCCUCCUUCCCUUCCUUUCUUCCAUCCUUCUCUUCCUCCUUUUCAUCCUUCCUUCACUUUUUCUUCCUCUUUCCCUUCCCUCCUUCUUUUUGGUUUUUUCUUCCUUUCUUCCUUCUUUUUCCUUCCCCCUUACAUUCCUCCCUUACCACCCUCUUUUUUCUUCUAUACUUCAAUUCCACCAUCCCUUCCUUCCUUCCUCCUUCCCUUUCUCUCCUUCCAUCCUUCCUUUCCUUCCUUCCUUUUUGUCUUUUCUUCCUUCUCUCUUUCCUUCCCCCUUACCUCCUUCUUUCUCCUUCCAUCCUUCCAUUCCACCCUUCCUUCCUGCCUUCUUUCUUUCCUUCCCCCUUACCUCCCUCCCUUAUUUCCCUCUUUCUCCUUCCAUCCUUCCAUUCCUUCCUUCCUUUCUUCCUUCUCUCUUUCCUUCCCCGUUACCUCCCUCUUUCUUCUUCCAUCCUUCCAUUCCACCCUUCCUUCAUUUUUGUCCUUUCUUCCUUCUCUCUUUCCUUCCCCUUACCUCCCUCCCUUACCUCCCUCUUUCUCCUUCCAUCCUUCCAUUCCAAUCUUCCUUCCUUCCCUCUUUCCUCCCUCCCUCCCUAUCUCUCCUUCCAUCCUUCCCUUCCUCCCUUUUAUCCUUCCUUCCUUCUCUCUUUCCUUCCUCCUUCCCUCCCUCUCUUCCUUCCUUUUUGUCGUUCUUCUCUCUUUCCUUCCCCCUUACCUCCCUCUUUCUACUUCCAUCCUUCCAUUCCACCCUUCCUUCCCUCUUUCCUCCCUCCUUCCCUCUCUCUCUUUCCAUCCGUCCCUUCCUCCCUUUUCUCCUUCUUUCCUUCUCUCUUUCCUUCCUCCUCCCUUCCUUCUUUUCACCACAGGGCAGCCAGCCCUCUUAGCAGGGAGUUCUAUCAUGUGGCCCCCAAGUUAGAAAGUUUGCCCAUGUCUGGGUUAGAACCUAAGUUUCUUUAAACAGAAUUUGUAUUGAUGAGAAGUAAAAGACGAUAUGAAUGUGUUUGUCAGAAUUUGAAUUGGAAACAAAAUGUUCUGUACCCUUAGCAUGUAAUAGAGGUUGGUCUGAGUGUUAUCUGGCAGUAAGUAGCUGAUUAGGUCUGAUGUCAUCAUAAUGAGACUUACGGGACAAAGCAGUCAUCACUUUGUCAUUAGAUUAACUGCCGUUGCGAUGUUUCAAGAGAAACUUGGCAACCCAGAUGUAGGCACUUGAUUUCUAAGAGAACCUCGGAGAUCUAGAAGUGUACUAAAUUAAGGCUGCAUUCAAUAUGGUAUACAUUUAUAGGAGCACUCAGCAAUCUGUCCACAUAUUGUGUAUAUAUCCUGGAAUUUCAGGAGUUGGUGGAGCAAUUUUGGAGCCUUUUGAUGAGCACAAAGAAGUUAUCCUGUCUUCUUUCAUAUGCAAUACAUAUUUACAAAUACAUAUGGUAAACAAAGAAAACAAAGAUUGGAGCUCCUUGAACACUGUCCACUAUGCAAUGUAUCAAAUGUUGGCAUAUUGUAUUUUAUUUUCCUGAGAAUGUUAAUAGACUUCUUGAAAGAUUAGAUGAAUAUAACAAGAAUAUGUUGAUUGCCAUCUUUAGAAUUGUGCCUUAAAUGUGUUUUUCUAAAUCUCUCCCAAGUGUUCUCUUACGAUGCACAAGUCUGUAUUACUGUUCAGGUCCUUUAAACAUUAUAACCAAUCUUGAGAUAGUUAACUAACUGUGCCUGAUAUAUGUCAUGGAUUCCCCCUUAUUGUUCUGCCCAUGUUUUAGAAGUGAUUCAAACACAUGCAUACUUCCAUUUCGCUGAGGUCAAUCUCUAAAAGCUAAGGUUUCAAGAUUAUUUAAUAUAGAGACGAAGGUUGACCGCUUCAACUUCUCAGUUUGACAAUAUUAAUAUGUUUGUAGAAUGAUGUAUAGAGUUGUACCUUGUGAUUUAUUUAUUUUCAGUCUUAUUUAUGUACUUCUUAAUAUAGUUCAGUUCUGUGCAUUUAAUGAUUGCGGGUUAAAAAAAGCUACUGUGAGGAAAUGUAUGCAGCUCUCUAGUUUCGUGGGAAGCUAAGGUGUUUACAAAUAGACACACAAGUCAAUGAAAUUCAGAGGAGACUAGAAAGGAUUCGUUGGUUGCUUAUUUAUAAAAUAAGAGAACUCUUCCAUGCAUUAAUACAUUCUCUCACAGAGACCACAGUAAUAUCAAUUCAUUUUUAGGAGUACAAUUGGUUUGGCUCUUCUCAUCCAGUUUAUUUGUGUUUAUUAAACAACAGUGAUGAAACAUCCUUGGAAAACGCAAAUAUGGGCAAAAGACAGUCAAGUUUCAUGCAUAGAGAUAACAACUAUUAUCAUUGGUUUUAGCCUUCACAAGAUUGAACAAAAAGUACAAAUGUAAUAAUCCUCCUAUUUUGUCUAUCAGUAAGUUAGUACAGUUCCGUAUAUCAGAUCCUAAGUAUUACAGGUACAAGACAAUAUUAUUACUUAGCCAAAUGAACAAAGUAUAGUAAACUGUUUAUAGGCUGAAAAUCAAAUCAAGGCUUUUUACCUAAUUUUUACAUUUUAAGUAUAAAAUGCUCAGGACUGAACUAAAUAUUUAAUCAGGUUAUAUUACAAAUGUCUUUCUAUCCUAAUACUGUCUGUUAAUGUACACAUGUACAUCACCUAGAUUAACUUUCAUCUCUGCACUUUUCAUUUGUUUCAGUGAUUUGGAAAAAAAUACAGUUUUUUAACAAA